AUUAUUCAAAUCUUGACCAUUAACCUAAAACCUCGUUUGCCUUAAAAAUAGCAAAUUGACUCUAUUUAUUCAAUACCCCAUUCAGUUUUCAUUUCCUCAAUUUAUAUAGGUAUUCAGAAUUACAGUAUUAGCAAAGGAACAUUCUUCCGGUAAUUUUUCUUUUCUAACAACCUUGUUGAUUUGAAAAAAUAUUCCAGGAAAAUCAACUGACAACAACAGCAACGUAACAAAAUUUGCAUACGGUGUUUUUAUGGUCCAAAAUAAAUCACCCCUGAUUUGUCUUUAUCACCUUGUUUCUUCCCGGGGCACCAUUAAGUUGUUCAACCCGACCCGUUUGUGCAAAUAAUGCGUUUCCUUGGCCCUCAAAUUUCUCAUUAUUGUCAAAUUUCCAACCAACAAGCCAUGACUGAAAAUAGUUCUUCCUCCAUAGCUCCUUUGCUUCUAAGAAACAUAUUAACAUCAGCUUUUAUAUUCGCUGAUAAACCUUUCAUCAUCUUAGCAGAAAAAUACAAACUUCUUGAAAACAUACGUUAUUUCCUUAUUUCAGCUUUUCUCUUCUUUCUUCGCCUUUUACCUUCUUUAUUCCCUUCACUAAAUCCUUCAAAUAAAAAGGGUGAGAUUACCCCCUUUUAUUCUGCGGCCACCGUGAACGGCAGUGCAGAAUCAGGGAUAUCAAGAGCCUUAACACAAGUAUUAUCAAUUGUUAAUGAUAUUCCUGUUAGUUCAAGAAAAUAUGAAGUGGUUAGGUCAUUAGCCGAGAGGUUAAUUAAUGAGAAUCUUCUAGAAGGUAACGAAACUUUAAGGGAAGUGAAUUGCGUGGCUUUGUCAUCAGCUUUUACAAGGACGCUUAGCCAGCUGGAAUCUGCCAUGGUGGCAGAAGAAGAUGGUGGGGCCCGUGAUGGUGGGGAUUAUGUUAGUAAGUUGACACGUGGAUUGAGGGCGAUUAGGUAUUAUGGUGACGUUAUGUGGCAGCGCGGUAGGGCGAGGAACCAGAUGGGCCAAUUUGGGUGCUCGGCUGAGAAGCUGGCGGCGGAGUUGCUAUGGCUUGCUCAGAAGAUGGAAGCUUGUGGUUGUGCUGAUGAAGCUGUUUAUAUGUGGGCUUCGGCUUCACAUGUGGCUUGCCUUGCUCUUUCUGCUGAACCGCGGCUUCAGGGAUCUCUUGUUAAGGUUUCAGCGUUCUUAUUCAAACAAUCCAGAGAAAUAGGAAAAGACGCAGAGGAUGAAGAAGAACAUCUCAGGCGGACAAACAUGAAUAUGCUGAUGUCAUGGCUGCCAUUGCUAUGUCGAGCAAGCAACGGUACAGACACUCCAGUUCUGAGUAUUAGCGAAAGGGCUGAGCUUGAAAGAAUAUUAGAGCAGAUCAUAGGGACAUUGGAACAAGAAGAGGAGCAAGAAAAGGUGUUGUCCCUUUGGCUCCACCAUUUCACCUAUUGCCCGUCUUCUGACUGGCCCAACCUCCAUGAUUGCUACACUCGCUGGUGCACAGCUUCUCGUAAGCUGUUGCUUCACUGAAAUUUCUAUGGAAAACACUUCGGGUUAGAUUUGAUUCUAAAUACUUGGAGUCCCAUCUUUCUGGCAAGGAAGGAGUCUCUAAUGGGAAGUGGAGGAAAAGAUUAUAUUGCUGUGUUAACUCCUCUAUCUGGUCCAUCAAUUUAUGUGGGUUUUGCUCCUUAGCAGGAAAAUGCCUAUCAAGGUCCAUCCGUCCAAAGAAAGAUGUGUAUCAGUUAGCUAUGUCUUGUAAUUAUUUUUCCUCUAGUUCAAUUUACAAGUCGAAAGCACGCUUAAGUUGCAUAUGCACGUUUGAUAGUGUUUAUAAAGUGCUUGAAUUUACAGCAAA